ACUAUCGAUACUGAACUUCAGCUCAGACUCACACACAGUGUUUGUAUUCUUGGGUGACUUUUCUUGUUUUUAAUCAAGUUUAGACUCCUUCCUACCAAAAAUGAUCAAAAUAUAGGCCCUUUACCUACUAUCUGACUCACUCAAGCGAACAACCGAACCAUGGAGAAAGGAUUUCCUCCCAGAUUCGACCUGCAACAGCAGAUUGGAAAGGGUACUUUCAGUGUGAUAAAGCGAUGCAUAGACAAGAAAACAAACAAAGUUUGCGCCGUGAAGAUUGUAGAUGUGGACAAAAUGACAUCGUCCUGUGGUCUAACCGAAUCAGAUCUUCAUCGAGAGGCAAGGAUUUGCCAGAAAUUGAAACACCAGCAUAUAGUGGAAUUAAUUGGUGGCUAUUCCAUGGAUGGAUUUGUCUAUAUGGUUUUUGAAUAUUUGGAUGGUUCGGAUCUGUGCUUUGAAAUUGUAAACAGAGUUAAUGCUGGUUUUGUCUUCAGUGAGGCUGUUGCAAGCCAUUACAUGAGACAAGUUCUUGAAGCUGUAUCAUUUUGUCAUGAAAGAGGGAUUAUCCACAGAGAUCUUAAGCCCCACAAUCUUCUUCUCGCAAGUAAAGAUAAUUCUGCUCCAUUAAAAGUUGCUGAUUUUGGUGUUGCUGUAGAACUUCCACCAGAAGGAUAUAUCUUAAGUGGUCGUCUUGGAACUCCACAUUUUAUGUCACCAGAAGUGAUUCAAAGACAACCGUAUGGCAAACCUGUAGAUGUCUGGGGAUGUGGUGUGAUUUUGUUCAUUUUGCUGGGUGGGAAUUUCCCCUUCCAUGGCACAGGAGAAAAAGUCUACAAUUCAAUCAAAAAAGGACAGCCRUUGAUGAAAUCAAAGCAAUGGGACCAUAUCAGUGAAGAGGCACAAGAGAUUUGUAUGCAGAUGAUGAAAUCUGAUCCAACACAGAGAAUAACUGCUGAAGAAGCACUUUCUCAUCCUUGGUUUAGAAGCAGAGAAAUACCAAGACGCGACCAUCUUCAGGACAGUGUUGACGAAAUGAAGAAAUUCAACGGCAGACGCAAACUCAAGGGAGCGGUCCUUGCUGCUGUUGCGAGUCGAAAAUUCCCAGUUGUUAAUGGAGACGUCGUUGGAACUCAGAGCGACGACGACGUUUUUGAAUGCGAAGAUGAUGAUCUUACUGCAACAGGUGCUGUCAGUCAGCUGCUUGAUUCGCUAGAGGAGAUCAAAGUCCUGACAGGUGCUAAGGAAAAUGAGRCGAAUUUUCUUCAAACAUUUUUUGAAGAUAAAAGAUUGCAAGCUCUUCUGGAGGUGUACGAUAGGAGUCAAGAAUGGACCGAAACACAUGAAUCCUGCCCGCCUAGUACGACGCCAACAGCGGAGCAGAACGCUAAAGAAGUUAUUGAUUUAAUCGAGUUCCGAGCAGAGGAAGACGACGAUUGCUACGAGCUACAAAACGUUCUUUCGGAUCCCUUUGUCAUGGCGAUGCUCGAAGCACAUGAUGGGGUUCUGACGAAGACGAACGGUGAAGGGCCCGGUAUGUCAGCGACAGACGGCGCGCCGAAUGGUUAUGAUGGACCUGCCAGUGAACGACCAGCAGAGAAACUGACCCGAGUUCGACUUGUGCAGUUCCAUAAGAAUCCAAACGAGCCAAUGGGUAUCACGUUAAAAUUGAAUGACGAAAACCGAUGUAUCGUAUCUCGAAUUCUACAUGGAGGAAUGAUCCAUAGACAAGGAACACUUCAUCCUGGUGAUGAGAUAAGAGAGAUCAAUGGUGUUAAUGUGGCUGAUAAAUCUAUAGAAACACUACAGGCAAUGCUGAAAGAAGCAAGUGGUAACGUAACAUUCAAAAUCGUUCCCAGUUCCAGAGGGCUUAGUACAAACUCAGAUGUGUUUGUACGAGCACUGUUUGACUACGAUCCACGUAGCGAUGAUCUAAUCCCAUGCCAACGUGCUGGAAUGGCGUUUCACUGCUCUGAGAUCAUGCAGGUUGUCAGUAAGGCUGAUUGCUACUGGUGGCAGGCUAAAAAGAUUAGCAAUGACGGCAGUGACGAGAAGUUUGCUGGACUUAUACCGUCACCUGAGCUACAAGAAUGGAGAGUUGCUUGUAUCGCUACAGAGAAAGCAAAGAAACAAAACGGUGCUUCGUGUGUUUGGUUUAGUCGAAAAAAGAAAACAUACAGAGAUCGAUAUGUUGCGAAACAUAAUGCAGUUUUCGAUCGCUUAGAUUUGGUUACGUAUGAAGAAGUCGUUAAAGUUGACUCGUUUAAAAGAAAAUCUCUUGUUCUUCUUGGUGCUCAUGGCGUCGGUAGAAGACAUAUCAAGAACACACUUAUUAAUAAAUUCCCUGACAGAUUCGCUUAUCCUAUACCACAUACAACUCGUGAACCAAGGAUGGGUGAAGAAGAUGGAAAGAACUACUACUUCGUGUCGGCAGAAGAAAUGAUCGCUGCUAUAGAAGCAAAUAAAUACCUGGAGUACGGCACCCAUGAAGGUGCUAUGUACGGGACCAAGCUAGAUACUAUCACUUCCAUCAUAGAUCGUGGUCUUGUGGCAAUCUUGGACGUCGAGCCACAGGCUCUCAAAGUCCUUCGAACUUCUAAGUUUUCUCCAUAUGUGGUGUUUAUCUCGGCACCGAUUAUGGCUGUAGAGAUGAACGACAGACACGACACUUCUAGUGAUCCUAACAAAGCUGAGGCGGACUUGAGUCUCAAGCGACUGGCCAAAGAAUCAGAUACACUACGUCAAUCAUAUGGUCACCUAUUCGACCUGACUAUCGUCAAUAAUGAUAUCGAUGAAACCAUUAACGUACUGGAGGAAGCCCUUGAAAACCUCUCUCAGAGCCCGCAAUGGGUGCCGGUCAGCUGGAUUUAUUGAUAAAGAUAUUACGAAUAAUGUUCAUGUGCAGAUGGCCUCACUAAGUAGCGCGCACAUUACCAGAGUCCCUAAAAUAUAAGCAAAAAGUAAACAAUACUAAAUAAUUGAACGAACUGAUUUUGUUUUUUUCAGAUGUUUUAUUGGUUAGAAUGCUAGGAGUAGUUAACGGCUUCUUCUUCUGCGAACUCUUUACAUAACUUAAUUUAUCCUCGCUUAAUUGCUAUGUUUUUUGUUUGUGUCGAUCAGAUUUGUUAUUUUAAAAAUUGAUAAUGAUGAACCAGGCGAAUGGACGGUGAAGUGCGGUUAUCGCCGAGUGUCCAUUCACCCGGAUGCGCACUGGAGACAUUUAGUUAAAAAUUCUUGACAUUAAUAAGAAAGGUUUUUGAAACCUUCAGACAUGACAGCAAAUUCUAAUAAUGGGUGCUUGGCGAUAAUAUUAUAUUUCAGAUUUCUUGAACUUGGGCUGUGGUUCUAUAGGACCACAAAACUCGCCUCGCUGUAAAUUUCAGACAAGUCUUUUCUUCCUUAUGUUUACUAAGGGACCCGCGCGUAGCAAGACAGUGUGGCUCUUUUAGUUUGAUGCUAUCGUUCCUUGUGACUUUAAAGCUCGCUUGGGUAGGGAGAGAGGGUAUUUGCAUCAGAUGCAUGAGGCUAUUGGAAUUAUUGGGGCAAGCUAUUAUUAUUAUUGUGUAUAAUGACCUGUGGGAAUGAAACGCAGGUGACCACGAAUUGUCUGGUUUUCUUUUCCGAAGAUAAGCGCAACCUGGCGCAAGCGUAAAAAGCACAUAAUUUUUUAUCUCUUGUGCCAGGAUGUCUUCAGAGAAAGCGAAAACUUGAAGUCAAGUGUUUGUGUAACUCGAUAUUGUGUCGCUAAGUGAAAGCUAUUUUUAACGCUCAAGGGAAGUUUUGUCUCCUUGUCUUUCAGGUGGCUCAGGUCAAACGUCGAACUUCACGUGAGCCGAACCUAAUUGAAACAAUGAUAGCAAGGCGGUCUUCUCUGAUGUCAUUAGGUUCGGCUCACGUGAAGUUCGGUGUUUGACAUGCAUGAAAAUGUUGCUAGAAAGCAAUGGAUAAAAAAGUGUUGCGCGAUUUUAUUUUCCGCACAUUUUACUCUACAAAAGAUCGUGACUCUUAAAAUCAGUCACUCGUUUUACACAUUUUUUUCAACCUUAUGUUGCCUCUAAUUAUAUCAAAUUUUUGUAACCAGUCUAAUAUUUCUUUAGAUUCUUUUUACGUCUAGAUUUCUUAUUCUUCUUAUUGAGGGCUGAAUCCCUAAACGCGAUAGCGUAGAAGUAAUUCUUAAUAAGUUAUCACAAAUAAAAAGUUACCAAAAGAUA